CGUAAGAUUGUGUUUCUUAGUACAGCAUAGUCGAGCUGACACUGUCUCAUAAGAACUUGGUGUAACACGAUUGAAAAGUGUACGGACCAGAAUACUUGGAAAUGAAGCCAGUCAUUGUAGUGCACGGUGGCGCCUGGGCUAUUCCAGAUGAGCUGUCCAAAGGAAGCGUGGAUGGGGUGAAGAGCGCAGCUAGGGCUGGCUUUGUGCUCCUGCAGACGGGGGCCUCGGCCCUGGACGCAGUGGAGACAGCAGUGAGGGCUUUAGAGGAUAACCCAGUGUUUGAUGCAGGUCACGGAUCCGUGCAGAAUACAGCGGGAGAGGUGGAGCUGGACGCCAUAAUAAUGGACGGAAGCACCCUGGCCUCUGGCGCCGUGUCCUCUGUGAGAAACAUCGCCAACCCCGUCACGCUGGCCCGCGCUGUGAUGGAACAGACAGACCAUGCCAUGCUGACGGACCGGGGUGCUAACCUGUUUGCUGAGAGGAUAGGCCUCCUGACCGUCCCCACCGACACUUUGGUGACCGAGACAGAGAGAAGAGAGUGGGAGAGGCAAAAGAACUAUGAUGUUGGAGUGAAGGAACUUUUCAACAAGCAAUGGGCCCAUGAUACGGUUGGUGCAGUGGCUUUGGAUUCCAAUGGUAAUGUUGCCUGUGCGACAUCAACUGGUGGAAUUAGACACAAAAUGGUGGGCAGAGUUGGAGAUUCUCCCAUUAUAGGGUCAGGGGCCUACGCUGACAACCAGAGUGGUGCAGUAUCGUGCACUGGCCAUGGAGAGUCCAUUUUGAAAGUCACGUUGGCCAGACUCGUUCUCUUCCACAUUGAACAAGGCAAGGCGGUGUCUGAGGCAGUGGAGAAGGCUCUUCAGUACAUGGGCGAGCGAGUCCAAGGUGGAGGGGGUGCCAUCGCUUUGUGUCCCUCUGGGAAAUGGGCAGCGAAGUUCACCACAGAGCGGAUGGCCUGGGCGUGUGUGGACGCGGAGGCUUUGCACUACGGCCUGAAUCCACGGGAGGAGUUCAAGGAGACCGUCUGAAGGACAUCAGUGGAGGCCCCUGGUCAUCCUAACACCACUGGACCUAAAGCUACUAAACUGUCUCUUGGAAUGUUAAGAUUUCAAGUCCUGUGUUUUGUUCCGGUGAUCUAUAAGACUGUGGAGAUACUAUACUGCAUUGUGUUUUGUGAUUGUGAGUUUUGCAUUGACUUUGCAAAACAAAGGUAUAAGGGACCCCUGCUGGAUGAUUUGCAUGUAUUUUUUUCAUUAUUUCAUUUUAUUUACAUUUCUGAUUAACUGAUCGCGUAUGAGGUAUGUAGCCUAACAUGAAUAGAUUUCUUUUGAUAACAAAGUUAUCCAAAUGCACUUAAAUGAAUUGCUGGUGAAUUGAUCAUGAAUUUGGCUUCUCUGUUCCAAUGAAAUAUAAUAUUUUUCAAGCAUCACUGUAACUGAACAUAUUAUCAGCAUAUUACUGAGCAAGUGUUUCUGUGGAAAAUGUAUUUUACUUCUGUCAGUGAUAAAGCAAAGCUGAGAAUGUGGGUAAAACUGAAAACAACUUAUUGAGCUGCUUUUCUGAACAAAGUAUUUGUGAAGUUAUCCAAAACAGAGCAAAAAUAACUAUUGUAUGUUUGUAUAGUGCAUAGCCUACUCAUUGUUUUUUAUAGUUAGUUGCUCUUUGAUAAAAAGAAAAAGGGUUUCUUAAAUGAUGACUUCUAAGGUUAUGUUUAAGUUUAUGGUAUUUAGCAGAUGCUUUUGUCCAAAGCGACUAAGCAUUGACAAAUUGCCAGCUUUGAAUUAACCAUUAAACGAAUUAACGAUUCACUCUCCACCUUAUCAAAAUAGGAUUUAGAUAGAUUUUUUUUUUCAAGAUAAAAAACAAGAGGUUUCAUCAGGGUCAAAGGUUAAAGGCUCCUAUACAGUAGUAGAUCAUAUGUUCAGAUGAUGUUCACUUACAUUCCUGCUGGACAGAUAAUAAUAGUUAAAGGUGCAGGCGGCAAUUGUACGCAAUUUCAACCCCAUAACUUUUUUUUCUCACAUUCAGCAAUCAUCUCCUCACGACCCACUAGCUGCCCAUUCCGUGAAUACACUGUAAAAACAAAGGUCUCUGUAGGCAACCCAGGCUCUGAAAACUGGAAACAAAGUGGGUGCAGCCUGUCCCCCAAACAAAAACAAAACCCUGUGUGGAGUUUCUCUGGAAAUACAGAAGGGAGGGGUGCUACCUCCCUGGUGUAUUUUGUGUGGUCCUUGGUUAAAAUAUAAUGUACGUUGUUGGAAAAAAAGCAUCUGUAAAAUUAAAUAUAAACAUAAACAAAUGUGACUUCCUAGGCAAUCAGUGACUGCACCUUAAAGGAAAACAGAUUUAAUGCUCAUAUUACAGAGCCCACCAAAAGCUUUAUUUGUUUUAUUUCAUUUCAGAUUACACAAUAUAUGGUGUUCUCGCAUCUGAAGGCCAGCAGAUCAAAUGGUACAGUUUGUUAAAGUGCCAGGAUAAGUGGCUUUUGUUGCAUUAGGGAACGUAACUGGUCUUACAACAACAUUUUGUCUUCUUUUAAUUCAAACCUUCAAUUAUUAUAUAAACUUCAGAUACAGUCAGAUACAUUUUUUUAAUCUUUUGGAUCAAACAGCUAGCCUAUAAUAAACAGAAUCCAUUGCAAAUCUGAUGAGAAGGUUCUGUUGAAAAUCAAAGUAAAACCGCUCUCACAAAACAAUUGUAUGACCUAAUUUUACAUGAAAGAAUGCACUGUAUUGAAGUCAAACUAGAUGUACCGCAU